UUGGGCGCCAUUUUGCGCGGCGGCUGAGUAGAGGCGCUGAUUGGGUUUCGGGGACCGGUGGCGGAGCCAAUCAGAGCGGGACCCGAACCGGGGGAGCAAGGCACGGAUUGCAGUUGAAGCUCGUUGUAUAGAAGACUGAAAAAAAACAUGGAGCAGUACACAGCAAACAGCAACAGCUCGACGGAACAGAUAGUUGUACAAGCUGGACAGAUUCAGCAACAGCAGCAGGGUGGUGUCACUGCUGUCCAGUUGCAGACUGAGGCUCAGGUGGCAUCUGCCUCAGGCCAGCAAGUCCAGACCCUCCAGGUAGUGCAGGGUCAGCCAUUAAUGGUACAAGUGAGUGGAGGUCAGUUGAUCACAUCAACUGGUCAGCCAAUCAUGGUGCAGGCUGUACCGGGGAGUCAAGGUCAGACCAUUAUGCAAGUUCCAGUUUCAGGAUCCCAAGGACUGCAACAGAUUCAGUUGGUCCAGCCUGGUCAGAUUCAGAUUCAGGGUGGCCAAGCUGUGCAAGUUCAAGGUCAGCAGGGCCAGACACAGCAAAUCAUCAUCCAGCAGCCCCAAACUGCAGUUACCGCUGGCCAGACACAGACCCAGCCGCAAAUUGCUGUUCAAGGUCAGCAGGUGGCGCAGACAGCUGAGGGCCAGACAAUUGUCUAUCAACCAGUUAAUGCUGAUGGAACAAUUCUUCAACAAGUUACAGUCCCUGUUACAGGCAUGAUCACCAUCCCAGCAGCCAGUUUGGCAGGAGCCCAGAUAGUUCAGACUGGAGCCAACACCAACACAACCAGCAGUGGACAAGGGACGGUAACUGUGACACUGCCUGUUGCUGGAAAUGUGGUCAAUUCAGGUGGAAUGGUGAUGAUGGUGCCAGGGACUGGAUCUGUGCCAGCUAUCCAGAGGAUACCUUUGCCUGGAGCAGAGAUGCUUGAAGAGGAACCGCUGUAUGUGAAUGCUAAACAGUACCACCGGAUUCUAAAGAGGCGGCAAGCAAGGGCCAAGCUGGAAGCAGAAGGGAAAAUCCCUAAAGAGCGAAGGAAAUAUCUGCAUGAGUCCCGCCAUCGUCAUGCCAUGGCAAGGAAGCGGGGAGAAGGUGGACGUUUUUUCUCACCGAAAGAAAAGGAUAGCCCUCACAUGCAGGAUCCAACCCAAGCAAAUGAAGAAGCAAUGACACAGAUGAUUAGAGUGUCUUAACAGUCAGCUAUAGAACGAAGCACCUGGACAAAUAGUGUAUCUCCUGUUUCCUACCCU